AUGAACCUCAGGUUGACCAUCACUUUGUGUGCUCGUUUUCAGGACCCACCGCACCUGCCAACAGCCAGUCACCAGCACUGCUCUAUUUUUUCUGCUUCAGAGUGGUGGUCGUCGUUGCCUGCAGUUGGACUCGAUCCGUCUCACCUUGUGCCUCCAGAGCGAUUUCACCGAGAAGAACGUCGAACGACUGGAAGAGCAGUAGCCACUGUGAUUGCUUUAGGUUUGAUAGGUUUGGCAAUUUAUCAUGCCUGGAUCAGGAGAACGGUAGUAGUUGCUGGUAUUAUUGUUCCUGCUCUCAUCAUGGUUCUCUAUACUGCCUGGGUUUUAUACACAGCAAGAAAAGACAAAGCAAGAGCUAGAAAGUUGCAAAUGCAGCGAGAAGCUAUUUUGAAAGAAGUUAUUAGCGCAGUUCCCAAUAUCAGUGUUACUGAAUUUGACAAAGAAGAAGCUUUAGCAACAAAUGAUCAAAAAUUAGAAAAUGUGAAUAAUGAUAUACAAACACCAGAAAUUGCAUUUCAUCCAGCAAUUUUACAAAAUGAACUCAAAGAACCAAAUCUGCAGACUAGAGCUAAUUUUGGACGAUCUAUAUCUGUAAUUUAA